AUGGGCAGGCAGGGGCUGGGGUGCAGAGCUGCAGCUGCUGUGCUGGCUGGGUCCUUGCUCUCCUGCAUCCUCCAAGCCACCGGAGUCCACAGCGAUGCCCUGCUGGAGGAUGUGAUCCUGGAGAACGUCAGCUGGGCUGCCGAGGAGUCCCAGGGCAACGAAUCCUCUCAGCAUGCCUUCUUCUCUGUGGACUACCAGCACGUCCAGGUCCCCUUUGAAAUCACACUUUGGAUCAUGCUUGCAUCCUUGGCCAAAAUAGGCUUUCACCUCUAUAACAAGCUGCCUUCUGUCGUUCCCGAAAGCUGUUUGCUGAUCUUUGUGGGACUGAUCAUGGGGGGCAUCAUCUACGGCUUCAACGACAGGUCCCCGCCGGUGAUGGACAGCGACAUCUUUUUCCUCUACCUCCUGCCGCCCAUCGUGCUCGACGCAGGCUACUUCAUGCCCAGCCGCCCCUUCUUCGAGAACAUGGGCACCAUCCUGCUCUACGCCGUGGUGGGCACCAUCUGGAACGUGUUUGGGAUCGGCUUUUCCCUCUAUGGCAUCUGCCAGGUGAAAGCCUUCCAGCUGCAGGACGUGUCGCUGCUGCACAACCUGCUCUUCGGCAGCCUGAUCGCGGCGGUGGACCCGGUGGCGGUGCUGGCGGUGUUCGAGGAGAUCCACGUCAACGAGAAGCUGCACAUCCUGGUCUUCGGGGAGUCGCUCCUCAACGAUGCCGUCACGGUGGUUCUGUACAAGCUGUUCCGCUCCUUCUGCGAGAUGCCUGCCAUCCAAGGCGUGGACGUGUUUGCCGGCGUGGGGCAGUUCUUCGUGGUGGGGCUGGGAGGGGUGCUGGUGGGGCUGGCCUUCGGGCUGACGGCCGCCUUCACCACGCGCUUCACCAAGGACAUCCGCGUCAUCGAGCCGCUCUUCGUCUUCCUCUACAGCUACCUCUCCUACCUCACCGCCGAGAUGUUCCACCUCUCGGGCAUUGUGGCCAUCAUUGCUUGUGCCAUGGGCAUGAAACGUUAUGUGGAGGCCAACAUCUCUCUGAAGUCUCACACCACAGUCAAAUACUUCAUGAAGAUGUGGAGCAGUGUCAGCGACACCCUCAUCUUCAUCUUCCUUGGAGUUUCCACCAUUGGAGAAAACCACGAGUGGAACUGGCCAUACAUUUGCUUCACUGUCAUCUUCUGCCUCAUUUGGAGAGCACUAGGGGUCCUGGUGCUGACUUUCUUUGUGAACAGGUUUCAUGUGAACACCAUCACUGGCAAAGACCAAUUCAUUAUAGCCUAUGGGGGUCUCCGAGGAGCCAUUUGCUUCUCUUUGGUUUUCUUGCUCCCUGACUUCCACAGGAAGAAGCUCUUCAUCGCAGCAACAACUGUUGUCAUCCUCUUCACUGUGUUCAUACAGGGCAUGACCAUCCGUCCUCUCGUUGACCUGUUGGCUGUCAAGAGGAAAAGAGAGAGUGCUCCAACAGUGGGAGAGCAGAUCCACAUCCGGUUCUUGGAUCAUUUGCUGGCUGGCAUUGAAGAUAUAUCUGGACACUGGGGACAGUAUUACUGGAAAGACAAGUUAGAAUAUUUCAACAGCAAGUACCUGCAGAAGAUGCUGCUGCGCGAGUACGACCAGCCCAAGUCCAGCAUCGUGCUGCUCUACGAGAAGCUGGAGCGGAAGCAUGCCAUCGAGCUGGCAGAGGCAGGGCAGCUGGGCCAUGCCCCACCACACCCAGCCUUGCUCAACAACAGGGCUGUCAUAACAGACAAAAGAUUGGAGGAUGCUCUGAAUCCGGACGUCCUGGACAACAUACAGGAAAUAUUGGCAAGGAACCUGUACCGAACGAGGAGAACGGGGCCGGCGUACAACAGGCACACCCUCCCUGGAGAGACUGAGCCCGCGGAGCACGCCAAGGAGAUCCUGAUCCUCCGGCACAGGGGGCUGCAUGUGGAGCUGAGCGGAGGGGACGUGGCCAGCUCCAGGAAGCAGUCACAGAAGGAUGACUCCUGCUCAACGCAGAGUGACUCCAGCGUGCAGCCCAAGCUGUGCCGCUCCUUCACCGUGGGGAACGCAGAGCAGGUUCGGGAGGUGAAGCAGAACCGGUCGAGGUCGGUGUGUGUCAUCCCACCACAGCCCGGCGGCACCGCCAGGAGCGGGGAGAAAGAGCUGGCUUUGGAGAUGGAAGAGCAGCACUGACGCUUCUGGCUCUCCAAGAGGGACCCAAGUUUGCUUCCCUACGUGUAGAUAGUGUAAAUAAGAGGCACGUUGCAAAGCACAGCAUGGAGAGGGCAGGUACCCCGAGUGGCUUGCAGCCGAGCCUGUGCUCUCCCUGCCGCAGGAACCAAGGAGAAGGUGCCCAGCUGAGCACUGGCAAUGUGAGGUGAUGGCUGAGAGAGGAUUUCUGAGACAUGUCUAGGAAAAAUUAGUCUGUUCAGUCUGGGAAAUUGCUGGAAUUGUCUACAACUGCAGGAGAGGAGGUUUUAAUAAGGUGAGCUCUCAGAUUUUCUCUGUCAGCAGGGACAGAGUAAGCAGCAGGGAGCAUUUUAGAUUAUAUGUUAGGGAAAAAAACUUUCUAAUCUCAAGGGGGAGUUUGUUAGGUGAUGGAGCAUG